UCCCGCCCGAGGCCGCCCGCGCCCGCCUCCCGCCGCCGCCCCGGCCUGACCUGACCGGGAAGCAGUUCCGCGGGCCGCCGCCGCCGUGACUCAUCGGCCCGCCCGCGUCCCCCGAUCGGGCCAUCUUGGUCGCGGCCGGCGCGGCAGACGGAGCCGCGGAGGAAGCCGCGGAGACCCAGGUACGCGCCCGCCGCCGGUCCCGGGCCCCCGCGCCGCCGCAGGUGCAUCCGCUCUUUGUUCUGCGCAAGGGCCCAGAACAACCCGACCCUCUGUGCAGCCCGCCGUGGCGCGGAGAGGCCCGCGAUAAAGGAGCCGCCUCCGUAGUCGGCACCGCCAGGGCCUGCACCACCUACCUGGCCUCGGCUCUGCCUGGUCCCGGCUGUGCGCGGCUCUCGGCCCCGUCGGCCCUGCCGGCCCUGCCUUUUUGUUCGGUCUUCUCAGCCGCUCAGCGUGGAACCCUGAUUCCUGUCGGGGUUUGCCCAAACCUAGCAUCACAGGUGCUCAGGCUCUGGGUCACCCACACCCCCUUCUCCCAGCCCACCCGUCCGGGCCUUCGGCUGCCCUCUGGCCAACAUGGUUCAACCCCAGACAUCGAAAGCCGAGAGCCCGGCCUCUGCAGCAUCUACCAAUGCCCAAAUGGAUGACGUCAUCGACACCCUGACCUCCCUGCGCCUCACCAACUCCGCGCUGAGGCGGGAGGCCUCGACCCUGCGGGCGGAGAAGGCCAAUCUCACCAACAUGCUGGAGAGCGUGAUGGCAGAGCUGACCUUGCUGCGCACCAGGGCCCGGAUUCCGGGGGCGCUGCAGAUCACCCCGCCCAUCUCAGCAAUUACCUCCAAUGGGACCCGACCCAUGACCACGCCUCCAACCUCCCUGCCGGAGCCCUUUUCUGGAGACCCCGGCCAGCUGGCAGGGUUCUUGAUGCAAAUGGACAGGUUCAUGAUCUUCCAGGCCUCCCGCUUCCCGGGUGAGGCUGAGCGAGUGGCAUUCCUGGUGUCCCGGCUCACUGGGGAGGCAGAGAAGUGGGCGAUCCCCCACAUGCAGCCUGACAGCCCCUUGCGAAACAACUAUCAGGGAUUCCUGGCAGAGUUGCGGAGAACCUACAAGUCUCCACUCCGGCACGCCCGGCGCGCGCAGAUCAGGAAGACUUCUGCCUCUAACCGGGCAGUGCGCGAGCGGCAGAUGCUCUGUCGCCAGCUGGCUGCCACGGGCACAGGGCCUUGCCCCGUGCAUCCAGCCUCCAGUGGGACUAGUCCAGCUCCGGCUCUGCCCACGCGAGCACGGAACCUUUAAGAUUCGGCCACCGCCUGGGUCGCCUCUGCAGCGACGCAGACAGCAUACGCCCUUUGCAACGUAGAAGAAGUGUCCAUACGACAGCAUCGCCCUUGUUUGAAGACCUUCCUCCCUGCCUCUCCAGACCUGUUCCAUAAGGAGAUCUUCCUUCAUCACUCUUGGGUGCCCCGUGACCCACCUUCCUUCCCAGUGAUCUGUGCUAGCUUUGGACCCACACUGCAUGCUUCCCCUGUCUUGCUUGCAGACCCUGCUCUCCUGGGGACCGCAGCUCUGCUGCUCGGCCACAGUGACCCCACAGCCCGCUGCGGAUCAUUUGGGCGGAUCUCUCCUAGCCUGAUAAGGUUCACGGACACUCUUGCUCUACCCUGUGCAGGCCCCCAUGGCAGCUCCCCGCUGAUGACAGAGGGAACCACUUUGGCCAGGCUGGUGGUGUGCUUUGGGUACCUGGGGGCGCGGAGUCUGGCUUCGCACCCGUAGCUGAUCACCAUCCCUGCCAGGCCCUGGAAUAGCAGGUGGGGGCCUGGGGGGUGGGGGGCUCGACUCUGCUGCGGUGGCCAAGUGUUUCCUGCUGGGAGUGUGGCACGAGCAUUUCUGGUGGGCAGGCUUCACUCUUCGCGGGAACACACAGUCGGUAUGUCCCAUUGUCGCCACUGGGAAAGCCCCCAGAGGAUGCACCUCCGGGAAUGCUUGCUUUAGUUGCAGCGUUCUGACAGCGCUGGGCAUUCUGGGAAUCUGGAACUGGCCUGCUGCAGGAGGUCACUGUGACUCGGGAUCGUUGAGCGGUUCCAUGGAGCCACCACAGGUGGCCUGUUCGUGUACCUCCCUGCCUGAGGCCCAUGGUGGGCUGAGGGAGGGAGUGCACCAGUGGGAACCGCCACCGCCAGCUUGUGUAGUCUCCCCUCCCCCCCGCCCUGCCUCUGCCCCCCCAUCACUUGGUGGGAGGCCUGUCUAGCUCGAGACCUGUUCCCGUCUCCAGACGACAUGUGGCCUUCACCUCGGCCCCCUUGGCCACCCACACCACCUCUGGAUCUCCAAAGCCGCGUGUAGCAUGUCCUCCCUGUGCCUGGGCUGUCCCAUCGGGUGUCUAGGCUUUGUCUAAGAAAACAGGGACUCCUAGCUCGAGACCCAAAUCCUCUGGGAUGCGUCACUAAGCACUUAAGGAAGGAGUGUUUGCCUCUGAUGGCCCCACCAGGGUCUCUGUGGCGUUUGUAACGGGAAAGAGCUGCAGUCUGCCUUGGUCCUAAUGUGGGGACAGGACAGAACUGGCACUUGGGUCCAAAUUCCGAGGGACAACGCUACACCUGUGAUGGUGGAUGGCCUUUUGGUUCCUCAUAGGGAACAUCCAGAAAUCACUUUCUAAAGGAGACUUGGCCAAGCCCUUUGGACCAUGAUGCUCUCGCCAUAUUUAAUGCCAAAUGAACCGCAUUUACAUGACUGCCUGGACCAUGGGGAAGAUGAGGCGUCUUAUCCUGGGUCCAUCUGCCCUAUCCGAAUGGUCCUGGCUUGACAGCCGAAGGCUAGCCUCGGCACCCACCCGAAGACCCCUGUCUUGGGACACCCAGAGGUUGGGUCCUAGGGUCCAUCCUUUCUUCCUGAGAGUUUUGAUGAUGCUGGGGACAGUGGCUGCGUUCUUAAAGUGGCCACUGCCUUGCAAGGUCAAGGACAUUCAGUGGCUGCUGGGGUUCGUGGACCACUGCCACCCACUCAUUGUAAACUCUGUUAGCCCAGUCGCCCUGCUGAAGAACUGCCUCAAUACAGGCUUCAGGCCCCCUGGAUUCCAGCCAAGGCUGUUCCGGUGGGACCGCGGUGCUCAUCAAGCAUGAAUGGGGGGAGGGGAGGACACACAGUGGGGCCAUCAUUCUGGGGGGGGUGGGACCUCUAGUGGGGGGUGUACAGAUCCCUUUCUCUUUGCGCUCAGUGCUCUACUGUCUGCCUGCUAGGCGGAGGGGCAGCGGAUGCAGGGGUGCGGGCCCCCCGGGGAGGGGGGUG